UGUCAUAUUUAGAUGACGGAGGGCGAUUCAAUUUUUGAUGUUUAUCAUUUUAUAGAAACAAUUAUAAUGCGUAAUGGAGCCCUUCAAAUGUUUUAUGAAUGACAAACAAAUGAUAUUAGCAAGAUUCGUGAUUUUAAGUCUUACAAAUUGACAUUCUCUGUAGCAUAUCAAUUUGCCCUUGUUUGUGGUUUAUAUAUUAAUUGUGGCAAUAAUAUGAAUUCCUUUCUAGCGUCAAACCAAUUUUUCGCGUCUCCGGGAUUUCCUGCCGGUACUUCAGUAUGCUCGUUCGCUUGACGAAGAAGAAUCCUCUUUAGUUUCUUUUUAUUGUGUGAACUUCACUCUGUGAUCCCCGGUUUGACCUCUGUGUAAAUCGAGGAAGAUUCACCCUAAAGCAGAUAUGCGGCUCCUAGUAGGCAUUUUAAUCACUAUUAUGAAUUACUACUCCGUGGUUUAUUCGUUAGAGACGGCACAAGGAACCGAGGAGACUUUCCAUCCGUUUCUUUACUUCUCCGAGGAGAAAAUCCUUACGUUUAGAAGGCAAGCAAGAACAACUCACGAACCAAUCUUGAGACAAAUUCGCGCCGCUGUAGACAAAAUUUAUUCUAAGCCCUCUCAACACGUGCCACCAAAGACCUGGAAUGAAUUCGCUUCAAGCUGGAACGAACAUUAUGGGAACAACUUAUGUGUGUUGGCUAUGCAUUCGGUUUUGCAUGAAUGGGACCCGAAAGGAAGAAAAUUGGCCUUUGUGUUCAUGAAUGCUUUGACUAAUCUAAAGAACUGGCGGGUAAACUCAACACCAAUGGACGAUGUACCAGUCGCACACUCUCUGAACGGAAUGGCCACGGCUUAUGACUUCUUAUAUCCUUACAUGGACAGCAAUCAGCGCCAAAAAUACCUGAAGAAGAUUGUUAAUGAAACACGAGAAUUGUACAGAAACUCAAGAAGAAAAUGGUGGGGAAGGUCAUAUAUACAAAACCAUGUUUUCACAAACUACGUUGCGCUUCUCACGAGCGCUUUAGUCGCUUCUAGACACUCGCAAUAUUCAACCGAAGCCAAGGAAUGGAUAUCAAAAUCAAAGCUCAUGCUCUCUAGAAACAUGUAUUUAUUGAAUUAUGUCAUUGAUGGCUCAAUAGAGGAAGGUGUUUCGUACGGCACUUACACGUCACGCUCAGUCACGCAAUUUGUGUACCUCGCGUCACGCCAUCUUGACUUAGAUUUGACUCGAAGUUUUUGGCUAAAACAACACUUUUACUUUCUGUAUUACACAAUACUGCCGGGAUUUAGAAAAACUGUUGGCAUCGCCGACUCAAACAGGAACUGGUUCUAUGGCCCGGAGAGUCAACUAGUAUUUUUAGAUGCCUAUGUCAUGCGUAAUGGCUGGGGAAAUUGGCUCGCCUCGCAGAUCAAGCGCGAUAGGCCGCAGGGCUCCAGCUUCCAGGCCUCCUCCAUGGUGAACUGUAUGCUCCAUACUGAGUUUUUAUUCUAUAAUGCAAGCAUCAAACCCAUAGAGCCGCCGGGGUUUUACGCCAAGGAUAUGCAUGUGUUUAGUGACUGGGGCGUGGUCAUAUAUCGCGACAGGGCGGGGCACUGGUCUGCAUCUAUUAACAAGUCACGUGAUCCUAAUCAAGCUGGGACUUUUCUUUCCUUCAAGUGCAGUGUUCUUCACGGUCGCGCUGUGAAUAAAAUGGUCACAUCAAAGCCACCUGUGUCAUGGGUGCGCGGGUUUCAUAAUUUCAAUCCGGGACACGAGCAUCUCGACCAAGGGUCCUUCGUGUUCGCGCCAAAUGGCGUACCCUUCAUCACCGAGUCCCUUUACGGCCCAAAAUAUACAUGGCUCAACAACGCCAUACUUUUUGGUCCCUCUUUUACCUCUCCAUGCUCCAAACCAUUAGAGGGGCAGUUAGGCGAGUGCUUGAAAUGGCUCGAUUACCGGAACAUGCAGCCGUGGCGAGCACGAGGCGAGGUUACCACAGCCGUGAACGAGGAAGGAUUGGUGCUAACUUGUGGGGAGAUGGGUAGCUGGUAUCGCGCAGGCCUGGGCCUAGCAAGCGUAUACCGCUGUCUUGUACUUCUGGCUCCUAGCGUUCUUUUGGUUGUGGACCACGUUGAGCGUUUUCAAAACACCACCAGUACUGUCAUGAGUAGUUUCUUCCAUAAUAUGGAUUCGCCGUUUUCGCUUGACGAAUGUGCAGGUGUUUACGCAUGCGCAAGGAAUAAAAUCAACGGAGAAAAUUAUCGCGUUUUAGGAAUCAACUCCCUCGGCGUGAAACAAGGGCUUUUAUUAGGCUUCAUGAAUUAUUCAACUCGAUACCAAUUACGACAAACGUUCUUCGUGAAUAUCACGACUCCUCUCAAGGAAAAGUACACCCGAGCGGCAUAUCUAUUUCUGGGGCCUGGGCAGGAGGUGAUAGAACUGCGCAUGCUCAGUACAAGCGAUCACGGUGUCCACAUUACUGUCACGGUCAACGGUGUCAAAUACACGGUUGCUAUAGCGACGAAACACCGCCUCGCUUAUACUAGGUUCAGGUGGCUUGGAUUUGGUGGUUAUGCCAAACUGAGAAUACAACGCUCGAAUAGAGAUAGAACAAUUCGCUUUGGAUUGAAUUCCUUAAACGAGACCCAUUUACCCAUAAUUCCACACGAGCCUUUCACAUCCGGGCAUUUCUUUACCCUCGUAUCUUUCCCUAUGGCCGCCAUUACGGUCGUGGUAAUGUUCUUGUACUUCCAGCUUACUAGAACUGUUGCUAUACGCACGUGUUAUAGGGUCACAUUCAUCUUUCUGAUGCUCGCAUGGGGGAUUAUUGCAGUCCUAGUCCUAAUCCAAAUUUGCACUAACAGGAAAUGUUCUCUAGCAGUAUCAAAGCAGUCAAUCAUGGAAAACGUGAACUCUGGAUUUAGAAAAGUACGGAGACCUGUCCCGCCUUUUGUAGUUACAACUUCACUCCCGCUAGGUGGUGCGGAGUUACUUGGAGUGAUGCUUCAAAACGAUAACGAUUUUUACCAUUUUAGGAUAUCACAUAAGAAUUUCAACGCCGCCGCACAAAACAGUUCCAAUGCACCGCGAUUUCAAGACAAAGAGACUCUCGACACAUGCGAUUUGUAUCGCUUCACUCUUCCCGCGGCUGAGGCAACGUAUGCAACGAAAUGGUUUAAGACUUUUAUGCAAGACCAACGCGCGUUCGACACCAAGCUUCCAAAACGAGCAGAUACGUCUUUUCCUGCGCUACGUUUAGAUCCCGGAUGGUCUUUACGAGUUGAAUGGCUUCGGAAAGUGGUCGGGAACCGACUUAAAGCUGUCAUAGUAGUUCGUGACCCGAGGAGCUGGGUGAAUGCAUGGCUCAAAGAACUCCAGCUAAACCGAGCGCUUCUGCGAAAAACCAAGGCCUCAGUUUUAGAUUUGAAAGAACAUCGCUGUAGAACAGAGGAGGAGAACCAUUUUGUGCCUGAACUAAAAGGAAUUCAACGUAUUUUAAACUCUGUACCAGACGGGGAGGAACUCUCGUCUCAUAAAUUGCUUGCUCAUUUAUGGUCCACGCACACAAGCGCUGUCUUGCGCCUAAUAAAAUACGUCCCUCGAGGAUCCAUCCGACUUGAGCGUUUAGAGGAUUUCAUAACAAAGCCUGAACGAACAGUGGAGAAGAUUUACCGGUUUAUGUCCCUCGUGGCCCCUCCUGGAGUCAAACAUCGGAUGGUGCAAAAGGCAAGGACAGAAAGCCCCAAGGCAAAAGGCUCGCAUGAGGUUAUGGGCCCUAAACUGACGUCAUAUUGGAAGACAGAGCUUACAGAGUCCCAAAUACGAGAGAUAGAAAGCAUUUGUUCUCUUGUGAUGGCAGAGUUGAACUACAAACCUGUGUACGCCACUCGAACCUCGACCUCAAGGCGAGGCUAGGUAUAAUGGAAAAAGGUGUUCAGCAACAAACUGUGUUUUCCCAUUUAAAACCUCGACCUCAAGGCGAGGCUUGUUAUCAAAGGACAAUGAAAAGGUACUAGCCGAAUCCCUGGCGUUCUUGCAGGAUACCUGUGUCCUGUGCAAACCCUGUCUUUAACCCUUUCUCCAGUUCUUAAUUGAAUCAAUAAAUAAAUAUUGUUUUCUCGUAAA